AAGGAAGAGAUCGCGAAGAGUUCAAUCGGCAGUUGCUGAGCCUGAGCAGUGUGCGCUCGCGCUCGCUGCCGACGUCGCCGCGAUCCACCUCCACCAGCGGCGGCGAUGGGAAACUCCCAGGCUUCCACGGCGCCCGCCUUCAGCUCCCGCUUCGUCAUGGCCUCCAGGGCCUUUUCGAAGCAGGAGCUGGACGGCCUCCGCGCGCUCUUCGCCUCCCUCGCCGCGCAGUCGCAGACCGACGGCCGCGCCAUCCCCCGGCCCGUCUUCCUCGAUUACUUUGGGUUACGUGGCGCGCUAGGCGAGAGGCUAUUUCAGUUGGUGUCGAGGGAGAGCGGCGGAGGCGACGGGGUCACGAUCGAGGAUUUGAUCGUCUCUAAAGCAACAUAUGAAAGGGGAACUCGAGAUGAGGUUGAUGAAUUCAUUUAUCAACUAUGCGAUGUUACAGGAGAUGGUAUUUUAGCAAGGUCUGAUUUGGAAUCUGUCUUGGCGUCCAUUCAUGAAACUAUAUUUGCAGAAAACAAGGAAGCUGGGGAAGGUUCAAACAGCAGGACAUUUGAAGCAUUCCUCAACUCUGCAGUAUUUUCGAAGGAUACUGAAGGGAUCUCAGACAAGUCUAUGUCAUUGUCAGACUUUAGGAACUGGUGCAUUCUCAUCCCAUCAUUGAGGAAGUUCCUUGGAAGUUUAUUGAUGCCCCCUGAUUCAGGUAUACCAGGAUUCCAAGUACCACUGCUUCACUAUCCAGAAAACAUAUCCACUGAUUUGCUACUUCUAAAUAAAGAGUAUGCCUGGCAUAUCGGAGGAGGCUUUUCCCAGCAUGAGGUGCAAGAAUGGAAGCUUUUAUAUCACAGUUCUCUUCAUGGACAGAGCUUCAACACUUUCUUAGGCAAUGUUGCGAAUGGAGAUUCACAGACUGUUAUAAUUGUUAAAGAUACUGAAGGAUCAGUUUAUGGUGGAUAUGCAUCACAGCCUUGGGAAAGGCACAGUGAUUUUUAUGGUGACAUGAAGACGUUCCUCUUCAAAUUAUAUCCUCAAGCAUCCAUUUUCCGCCCUACAGGAGCAAACAGAAAUCUGCAAUGGUGUGCUAUAAGCUUCAGUUCCGACAACAUACCGAAUGGAAUUGGAUUUGGAGGGCAGCCACAUCAUUUCGGACUCUUUUUGUCUGCAAAUUUCGAUCAAGGGCACUCAUUUAGUUGUACCACAUUCACCAGCCCUCCCCUUUCCAAGACAAACAGAUUCAGGCUAGAAGUUAUUGAAUGUUGGGGGAUACAAAUGAGGGGAACACAAGACGAAAAACCGGAGCUCGUCCAGGAGACAGUCCUUGAGAGAUUCAAGGAGGACCGGAACAUGCUGAAGAUGGUUGGUUUGGCAAACGCGAGCAAUUAAGGACUGAAAGAGGAUCACAAUUGCAAACAUAUUGGAGAGUCGGUACAAAACAUAUUUAUAAAAAUAAUCCAUCCUGAGACCAUGUCUUCUCUUGCUUAUAUACGAUUGUUCUUGUUGAGUUUUACCUCUUUAAACUGUUGGUUUGAUCUAAAGUGAUGCGGAGCUCACUGCAUGGAGCUCUCGGUUUCUA